AAAAUUUAAUCAAAAUAUCGUUCAUUGACAUUCACAGCUUAACUAUUUAUUCAUCUCUGGAUCCUUAAAGUGAAAGAAUGGAAUUAGCAGAGUUUUAACUCAAGCCUUCCAGUCGUAUAUCUGAUACUGGAGCAUGCGUAUUGUUCGUUCCAUUAAAUUCUUACAUUGCCACGAUUUUAUAGUCCAGUAGCUAUUGUGUAAAUAUGAACGAUCUAGGAUUAGAACAACAGGAGUACAGUGCCAAGUGGGAUUUAGUCCAGUUUUUCUUUUUGGCAACGUACACAGUUGGUUUCCAUGGGACUACAUCCCUCCCGUUCUUCAUUCAGAAAUACACAGCUCUUUUCUUAGUGGCGUAUUAUGUCUUACUGAUCCUGAUCUGCAUUCCAAUAUGUUACCUUCAAAUAAAAUUAGGAGCUAUCUACAGACACGGAAUAGUUGGUAUCUUCAGCAAUUUGAUCCCAGUUUUAAAAGGAGGCGCAGUGGCCCUUCUUGUAAUGACUUUUCUACGGUGUUUAACAACAGGAUUGGAACUGAGUUACAGCCUUUAUUUUUCCUUUGUUUCCUUUGAUGGCUUUAGAAGUGGCAACACUAGUGUUGUUAGACCGACAGAAUAUGGAGAUGUAAACAGAUAUUUCCAUGAGAAGUUUUUGCAGAGAUCAGAUGGUAUUGCCGAGCCUGGUCACGUGGUAUGGUAUCUUCUGCUCUGUCUGUUAGCCACGUGGAUAGUGAUUUAUUUGCUGACAUUUAAAGGAACAGCUGUAUUUGCAAAGUCUGUAUACGGCCUUACAACAACAGCCUUUAUCCUGUUGCUGGUGGUUCUGGUAUAUGGGAGAUUGAAAGACAACUUGAUAAGUUAUUCCCGCCAUUACGUUGUGACUGGAGAAAAUGAAAUCACUGAAAUUGAAGACGUUAGGACAGUAUCAGUUGUUCACCUCGGAUCACCAGAAUUAUGGGUUGAUGCACUGCUGCUGCACAUGAAUAGUAUUGGCUUGUGGUCCGGUGUACUUCCUCUUUUAGGAACCAGAAUUUACAACAAGAAAAUCGUUGUCAAUUUGGCCGUUGCUUUACUAGUUAUUGCAUACAGUAUAUUCCCCGUAGUAACAUAUCUUGCACUGGAACCAUAUUACGAUAUGAGUUGGGAUGAAGGAUUCAUAGCUUUACAGAGAGGUAUCAAACCAGGGUUAUCAUACCUGUUUCUUGGAGUAUUUUCUACUGUUCGACAUCAUCCAGUUAUAGCAUUAUGUUUGUUUAUGUUUUGUUUUUUGUUUGGGAUGAUCCACCAGGUGAUUCAUUUGUGUGUAAUCUGGGAGUCAUUGCUACCAUCUAUACCCAAGAUGAUUAUGAAGAGGAUCAGAAGACGCGAGUACCUUAUUGGCAUUGCGUGUCUCUCAUCGGUACUGCUUAGUAUUCCAUUUACAAUGCAAGGUGGAUUGUUUGUUUACAUGCUUAUUAACAGUUACGUAGAUAGACUGGUGUUUACCCUGAUUAUUGUCAGUACUGUACCAAUUAUUACAGGAUAUUUAAAGCAAGAAUCGCUCUAUCUACCAGUUGAACGUGUAUUUAUGAGUGCCUGGUAUGGACUGGCUUCUUUGAUUCCUGCUGGAAUGCUUAUCUACUACUUUGCUUUAAAUGUGUAUCCGUACUCUAUAUUUGGAUACGAUGAACAAUGGGCAGAGAAAAUUGGAUGGAUCAUUUCAAUCUCUCCAAUUACCUUUUGUAUGAUCCUUGGAGCAGUCCAUGCCAUUUAUAAAGGAAAAGGCAAUUUCAAGCAGAAAUGUAUUCAAGCAUUGAAGGCGGAUAGUUUAAAUGCCACCGACAGCUUUACAGAAGAAAAUUCAGAAACAAACAAUACCGGCUUUGCAUCGUCUAAAUCGCCGAGUAAUUCAGUCAUGGGAAACAAAAACGAACCUGAACCAAAUGUCUCACAAGCGGAGAAAGCAGAGACUGAAAUCGUUAUGCGGCCUCCAGAAUUCACGGAGGUUGUCAAAGUUUGACAUAGUAUAUUGAGUUAUUGUAUGAAGAUGGAGCUUUCCUACUUAUCAUUGAGAACAGCUUUGACAAUCGAAAUCGGUUGUGAAUUUUACUGUCAAUCGACACGAUGCUAUUACUUGUGAAAUCGUUAUUUUAUCAUAGAAUGACGUUUUUUUUCUUCAUUAAAAUAAAAUAAAAUCAAUAUUGAUGAUAAUUACAGUUUCGAUGGUGUAAUAUUUAUAAAUAUUUGUGAAAUAUCAAAUACCCAGUACCAUGGCCAAAUAUUUAUGGAGCAGUACCUGUAUUUUUAAACUUUCAUUCAAUAUUAAAAAAAUGUCCAUGAUUUUUAAAUAAUUAUUUCGGGUAUACUUAACAUCAUAUAUGAGAACUAAUGUUAUUGUUAUUGUAAAAGUAUUGUAUCCAAUCAUGAUAUAUUUAUUGUUGAUUUAUAAACCAGUAUAUUGUCAUGUUA